AUGGCAGACUGGAAACUAUUGGGGGAAGUGCCAGACUCCGAGGACGAAGAUGCGUUUGACAGCCAGGAACCGGCCACCGGUCUCGAUUCAACGACUACGCAUGCAGGCGCCAUUCCAGAGAUAAACCAUCAGGACAUAUGGGAAUUCAUCGGUUCCCAGAAAGCGGCCGAACCUGUGCACAACCUACCGCGUCCGAAUGGCUCACUCAGCUCGUCGCCUCUGUCGUCCGCCCAGAGCGUGGACGGACUGCCAGAGCUCGACACUAUGUUCCUGGAGGGCAAGGAAUCGGCGAGCAGGCUCGGAAAUUUAGGUGAAGGACCGAACGACCUGAACAUUUUGCGAACAUACAUCGACCCAGAAAACCACGCACCGACGACGUUAGCGGACCUCUCGCACUCCUCCAGCCCCAACCUAGCCGUCAACGAAGACGUUGCUUUACCGAGCCAGGAUUUGGGUCUUCUGAAAAAUGCGCAUGAUCUGCAGCGUGAAUCUGUGCGGCUGGAACGAUCAUUAAGACCCCGCAAACCUAUCCAAGAACACCCUUAUCUUCUGGAGAAUGCACAGUACAGUAGUCUCAUUAGACAACACGGCAUGCGUCCCGUCAAGAUGGCAAUGGCUCGUGCUAGGGCCGCGAGAGACGAGAUUCCCCACGAUGGUGAGUUUCAGGACGAUAGCCAAGGAAACUCUCUGCCGGACCUGAGCAAUUCGAGCCAACUGCUGCCCGGCAAUGACACGGACGAGAGUGGAGAUUUCGGUCUAUUCAAUAUUCCUUCCUCUUCGCCACUCAGAACAUCGCCGUGGCUCAGUCACAGACGAUCUAGCAACCACGGGAGCUCACAAGGCGACACGGACAAUACUAGUGUAGCCGACCAAGACUUGCCCGCGCUACAUGAGCUACUGCCAAACUCUCAGCAAAAUAUCUCAUCUUCCACAAAACGACCCAAUACUACGUCAGGUUCUUCUGCACGAAAGCGAAAGAGACACGACAUUGUGGACAGUGACCCUAUGGAUGUUGAUUCUUGGGGACAAGAUGCUCCUGCGGCCUCUGACAAACGCUUAGAUGCUGGACCGUUGCCACCGAUUCCCCGUCUCCAGCCAAGCGCGAGACGCUCCGUCAACGUUUCUCCAACCAAAACUGUUGUGACGAUAGUUGACAGCUCGUCUUCGGAGGCCGAGGAGCAUGAAGAGGAAGAAAUGCGAGAACGACAAGGUAGUAUUACUGAUGAUUCUGUCAAUGAAAGACUGGACUACAAAAGACGCAUAAGAGGAGUUCUACCAGCGUCCUGGCUUCGACUGGACCAACAGGCAAGCAGAGACAAAGCGCAAAAAAACCUGCACAUCCGACAACGAAAUCGCACACCAGAGAAGGAGGUGCGCCGCGGCCUGGCACAAACAAGGACAAUAAGCAAUGCAGUGGCAUCUACGAAAUCUAUAUUGUUCCUUGAUGAUUCAGAUGACGAAAAAACUGUAACACAGCCUGCGACGGCUGAGAAAACGUACCACAGUCAAUCACGGAUUUUUCUAAUACCGGAUGAAACUCCAAUGCGGCCAAACGACGACCUAGCUGAUGAAGGUUUCAUAAUAGAGCAUGAUAACAUCGAUACCAUGUUCAGUGGGCCCACAAGAAGGCGGCGUUCCAAUGAUGCAAGUCGAAAUCCCAAUGUUGGACAAAGAUCGAAUGAGCGCACGACCACUAGGCACAAGCAGCAAAAGAUCACAGCGUCCUUUAAUAGGUCUACAUCUACACCUAGUGGUCAGCUGAAGUCUCGACAACAGCAAAAUCUACAGCAGUUGGGAUCAAAGAGACAAUCCGCCCCGCGGCCGACGCCGAAGCCGCUGAGUAUUCUCGACGUUAUCGAACCUGACGCACCUCAAUUCCUAAGAGUCGCAGCACGGACAGCAAAGACAAGAGUUAAUCAGGGACGCAGCAGUCCUUCAAAAAAGAUCAUACGUCUGGCGGAAAGAGUAGACUAUAUUGAUGCUAUCGUCUCGCUCAAUGAAUGGAAGCUCGGUUCCAUUCCACAGAGACAGGAUGUGUCUGAAGCGAGUAAAAACAAGCGCAAGCAGGUCUCCCAGAAACACUUUGCUGAGCGGGUUGCUGGCCAACCAACUGCAACACGUACUAAUUUCAAACAACUUCGAGUGGCAACUCAAAAAGCAGGGAAGUUUGUGAAGCAGACGAGCACUGGAGGAUCUGCUCGCUAUCUGCCAUCUGGCUUUCCACCAAACACUCUGAACGCCGCAAACUUCGCAAGCACUGAGGAUAAUGACGGUGUACUACCCCUAUUAGAACCUACGAACUAUGCACGACGGAGCGAGAGAAUUCCCGCAGACAGCUUGCGUCCAUCACGGCCAGCGAUGUUGGAAGCGGAAGAUGUUGGAAGGGUCGCGCCUCUCAUUUUCCAUCGUCAGAAGAAGUUUUUGGAUAGUAUCUACCAAAAGAAUAACCGAGAAUCAUCCGUGGAUGCAUCGGAUGUCCGUUCUGAAGUCAGCACCGUCAGGCUCUCCACUGCAGGUCUCCCCAAGAUCGAUCAGCAUGAUUUUGGGAGGAGGAAACAGUCAGAGAAGCAACCAAAGCACCGCGUGCGACUCAAAAAGGCACGAAAGCCCGUCCGCAUCGAUGUAGAUGCACCGCAAUUCAGUCACGCGGCAGAUCCCCUUCCCAAUUCAAACCCUUUCGAGAUUGAACAAACAGGACCGCACACGGCUCAUGCAGAAGCCAAGCUUGCUGGUCUUGGCCCAUACGGCACAGUGUAUACGAUACACUUCGAAAGCUUUCCGUUAGACCUUGGAGUAUACUUUCACCAAUCAACUCUUCUCGGCAGUGGUAUCAUAGAGGAUUGCCGAAAGUCCUUAAACAGGGAAAUACUACUGAGUCCGCGGCCGCGAGUCUUUUUCCAAUUUGGUACUUAUUCUUGCCUCUGGGGUGAUUGGAACGCCCAGACAUCCUCUGAGCUGGGCAUUGUGCUUGACUUGAUGGUGGAAGAACUUGAAAGGCCAGAAGGGACCACUGUCUCGGGGGAGUCAACCGUCCUCGAGGCAUCGAAAUUCAUAGCGAAGUAUGCAACAAGAGCAUUGAACUUCGCAGACCAGUCAGCCGUCAAGCCAUUCAUCACGAGAGUACUUGAUGUGGUCAGGAACUUUCAUACUCGCUUGUUUGGUCUCAUCGCCGGAAGAUCAAUGUCAGGAAGGGGCCCCCAAAUUACAACUAUGGUGUAUGACAAUUUACUCAUUCUUGUAUUGGUAACGCUUAUGAUUUGUACUGAGGACAAUAGCCUCAUCGCGGAAAGAAUGCAAGUGGAAGACCUCCUUCGAAGCUUGGUCGAGGUGUCAGUGUCAAACCUGCUGUUCAUGGGGAUAGAUCGACUCCAAGAAACCUACACGCGACUUCGCGAAACCGGAAACCGCGAGCAAGGGUUGCGAGUAGAUCAACCGGUCAUUCACUCCUGGGCACUUGUGAUGCAGAUCCUAGAGAUCGCUAAUAUCCCCCGGGGCUCUUUUUGGGACGUGUUACGGCGAUUAACCGUAACCAAUGACCGAGUCUCUGCAUCUGAGGCACGAACAUACGAAAGUAUAUGGAAGAUCUUGUUUACUGUGCUGCCAUUGAGCGAGUUCAAUUCUUCGGGCAUACUGAGACCUGGAAAGCGUUACAAAGCGAAAAGCGAUGGAUGGAUGAUUGUGCAACAGCUACUUCGACCAAUCUUUUCUAUUUACCAAGGGAACACGCGGCAAGUUCCCAGUUUCAAUAACUACUGCCGGGCACUGAUAAACAGAUGUCACUAUCUCGUACAGCAAUGGGGAUGGCGACGCAGUGGAAGUAUUAUCGGCGUCAUUUUCGACUUUUUCGGCUCGCAGAAUUUGGAGCAUCUGCGCAACGAAGAAGCCAAUGCUUCUCCAAGAUUCUUGGAACAACUUGCUGGAGAGCCUUCUUUGGCGGUUGAGCCAGGCGACAAGUGCUUCCACGUCUUUCUCAAACUGCUUGCGCUUAGCAUCCAGAAGCUCCGCGCUGCUGGUGCUAUCAAAGACAUUCGCAAUCUCGUUGCCCGCAUUAUUCCUAACCACAACCGCCAACAUUUGAAGGAGCAGACAGUACAUGAGCGAGACUUGGCAGCUCUCAGAAAUCAUCACGAUCUUUUGGCAACUCUCUUUUGGGCUGCUCCACCAGAAUUAAGACCAUCACCUGCGUUGAUGGAACGGCUGGUAGCCCCGGAGACUUCGCACAAGGAAGCAAGCUUGAUCAAUAUUCGUUGUUGGGGCCAAAUUGCUAGAUUCAUCGUCGCGAAGGGUGAGGCGUCAACUGCAUUCAAACCAUUCCACCUCUGGCGCAACAAUAUUUUCCAAAAAAUGGUUCAACAAUUCGAUUCCGCUGCGGCGGACAUCCAGCAGCAGCUUCUCGCGUUGCCAAGCGAAGUACGCCACACUAUUAGUGAAAACGUCAUUAGCUCCAUGGUUCUUAUGAACAAGGAAGCUGUAGGUGAUGUGCUGCAGGCUAGCAUUACUGCGUCAUUGGAUGUCAUGGAGCACGCUGCCCACCUAGAAGCAGCGACCUUUUGUCUGAAUACUUUGCAGCUCCAGCACAUUUACAAACAGUUCGGCGUCUGGCCACCAGAACUGAACUGGAAUACGUUGCAAGGAGCUAUUUCGACUCUCGACUUAUUUGUGGACUACAUCGCAGAGUUCAAAGAAAAUGAAGAAAGCCAGCAGAGUGAAAGUCACAUCCUUGACUCUGUUCAAGGAGAUGACGCCCUUCUGCUGUUGGAUCAUGAGAUCUCGGAGAGAUACUUCUCCAUGGUUCGGUGCAUCCUGCUCAAUGGCACAUCAAGCCACGGCCGAGCAGUGUCCGGCAAUUUUGGGGGCGUCGAGCAAGGCGUGGCCGUUGCUGCUCGACUGGCGGCUUGUUUCAUCAACGGCGGAUUGGUCAAACUGCAUGAGCUUUUCAAGCGUGGAAGAUUCGGACUAUUCGAUGGCCCUAUCCAUAAGCUGGACUUUUAUCAACGCCAGUAUUUCGUCUUGGUGGUGGUGACACUUCUGAAGGCUGAUAUCGACAAUUUUACGGACGCAGGGUUUACCUUGUGUGAGCUCUGGUUGCUGCUGCUCGUCAGACCCAACCGAUAUCUCAAAUAUCAGAGCCAAUUAGCUGAAAUACUGCGUGAACGUGGUGAAUUUUUUCUCCCGUCCGCCGACGACGGGCUCACGAGCUCUCCGAGCUACGAAUGUAACGACAUACUGUUUGAGUUUGCGAUAUCUACUAUGCGUCGCUCAAUUUGUGAGGCCGCUCCGAACCUGAGACGAAAUCUGACUGCGGUCCAUUCCAAGGCACUGAACCUCGUGAUGGAGCAGAUGAAGGAAGAUUUAAAGGCAACGUCCUCACAGCCAGUUGCCCAUAUUGCCUACGUCGCGUUUGCUCGACGCGUCAUCUCUCUCAUCCGAACUCAUGGCUCCGAGAUUUGCGUCCUGGACAGCUUUUACUACCAAAUUAGCAAGGACUAUUCCCCAUCUGUUGAAGAUCCACAGCUGCAAAUUGCUGCUAUGGUCUCGUACGGCUUGCGCCUGCGCGAAGGCGACCCGAAGGUCGUUCAACAACUUUUCUUCUUCCUGUUCAAUAAUUUCAAGAUGGCCUUGAUAUCCAACAAUCUCGACGAGGAGAAGAAGAUGCUACAGAAAGGAAUGGCUCAAGACCGUGGGAUCACUCAGUUUGUUCUCGGAAAGAUGCUUCCGGCUAUAAUCGAAGCCACUGCUACAAAGUCAGCCGCAUACCCUCUUUUGGACUUGUACGUGUGGGCGGCUGGGAACAGGCUCAAGCGAUCUACCACGACAUAUUGCUUGACUGACGCGGAGCUUCCCGGAGUUAGAUCUGUCUUACAAACCAUUCUCAACGGCAUUGAUGUAUGGAUUGCAGAACAAGCACCACUCACAGAUGUGAGGCUACACACUCUCGAAAGCUUCUUUGCUGGGUUCAACCUGCUGUGGCCUUCUAUUUACGAGUAUUCAUUGAACCAGGAUAUAUCGUCCGCACCGUGGAGCGAGAUCACCGAGCUGAUCCGUACACUUGGGCAAUACGUCAUCUCCGGCAAGGAUUCGCUUUGUCAAGGGCGGUUUUGGAACUCUCCGCAGCGAUUUAACGAAUUCUUCGCCGCCGUGGCAGCUGACAGUGCGCCAAAUCGAGGCAUAGCAGAUGUGGAUGUCGAGGGAUUCGUCGAUAACAUCAAGCAAGAUGUUAAUCGUAACUGGUUUGAGGCAGAUGGGCGCAUAUCUAUCCUGACGCCAGGAAAAUCACGCGGUGGAGGCGCUUUGCAGAGCGUCCUACAAGCUAGAUGGGAUGCUGCCACUCUCAUUGCAGGCAUAAAGUGGCAGUUUAUGGAGUGGCUAAAUUGGAAGAAAAGAAUGGAUGGAGGUGUUGAUCCGAUGGAGAGGGAGGAGUUCGAAAUGAGGCCAUUUUAA